AUGUGGAGCCCCAGUGCCGGGCAGCCAGGGCCAAAUCCAUAUCCCCCCAACAUCAGGUACCCUGGAGGUUCCAGUCCUGCCCACCUACCACCUGUCAAUCCACCCUUUCCUCCUCUCCCAGGAGUUCCACAGUGCAACCCAGCUUUCCCCUAGGUGGGCCCCUCUCCUGUGCCACAGCCAGGGUAUCCAGGAUGUCAGCCCUCAGGUCCCUACCCUGUUCCAUACCCACUUCUUGCACCUGGAAUGCCUCCUGUGAAUCCCUUGGCUCCUGGCAUGGUCAGAGCAGCAGUGAUAGUGGACAAGAAGAUGCAGAAGAAAACUCAUAAAAAGAUGCACAAGCACCACACGCGUGGCAAGCAUUCCUUCUCUUCUUCCUCCUCCUCUUCCAGCAGUGACUGA